UUCUGUGAAGUGGGCGUUUCCUCACUUCGAGGCGCUUACCUGGGUGCAGGUCUUACGGAAAGUAAAACUUUCGGGCGCUGGAAAGGGAAGGAGAUCGAAUGGCGUCUCCCGUGAAGCCCGGCUUCUACAGACAGGAGAUCCAGAAAACCACUUGGGAUGUCCCGGAGAGAUACGCAGCGCUGAGAGCCGUGGGAUCGGGGGCUUAUGGGACCGUAUGUUGCGCAGUUGACCAAAAUACGAAGGAAAAGGUGGCAAUAAAGAAGCUCUAUCGGCCGUUCCAGUCGCUGAUCCUCGCCAAGCGGGCGUACCGCGAACUGCGGCUGCUGCGCCACAUUCAGCACGACAACGUCAUCUGCCUUCUGAAUGUCUUUACACCUGAUUCCUCACUGGAGAAAUUCCAGACUUUCUACAUGGUGAUGCCAUUUGUGGCUCAGGACUUGAGUCACAUCAUGAAGAGGAAGAAGCUGACGGAUCACAUCAGCACCUACCUCUUCUACCAGAUCCUACGGGGACUGAAGUAUAUCCAUUCUGCAGGGAUUAUCCACAGGGACCUGAAGCCCAGUAACUUGGCUGUGAAUGAGAACUGUGAACUAAAGAUUCUGGACUUUGGACUGGCAAGACACACGGAGAGUGAGAUGACAGGCUAUGUUGUGACACGAUGGUACAGGGCACCAGAGGUCAUCUUUAACUGGAUGCAUUACACCCAGACAGUGGAUGUGUGGUCAGCUGGCUGCAUCCUGGCUGAGAUGAUCACAGGCCAGGUUCUUUUCCCAGGAAAUGACAGUCUUGACCAGCUACAGAAAAUCCUCAGUCUGACGGGGACUCCUCAGCCAGCCUUGGUGCAGAAGAUGCAGAGUGCCGAUGCUCGCUCUUACGUGCAGUCUCUCCCUCCUAAGAAGAAAAAGAACUUCAGGGACGUGUACCCCUCCAUGGAUAGAAAUGGUAUGCAUUACUCUCUUAAGCCGGAAUUCCACCAGGAGUGGUUGAGCUGCAUUCUGGUUGCAGUGCAGUCGCUGCUGCUGAUCGCUGCUGCUGAUUGCUGCUGCUGAUCGCUUCCACACCAGUCAAAGCUCAUGAUUCCACCAGAACUGUCACGGCAUGGAUCAGAAGUUUCCCAGCAGCAGCUCUCCGGGCCACUUUGCUAAACAUAUGCGCCAAGUCUGUUUUGCCAGAUGCUACUUCUGGGAUGCUUCUGAUAGCACUUUUAUCUGCCAAUCAGGUAACACUUUCCGUAUGAAUAUUCAUGACUCUUCCAAUCCACCCCGCGAAGUGGUAAGGGCCAAAUGAAGCUUCAUGAAUCAUUGCUGUAUUUUUUUACCUCACUAGGCGGUGGUCUUGUUUUGCUUUUGGGGCAUGCAAGCCCUUUUUUGAACAAAGAGCGCCAUCUAGUGGGCUCAGAAAAUGCAGCAAGUGGUUCAAGAUGCUUCACUUGGGCAUCACUAUUGCAAAGUGCUCUGCUUCUAAAACAUUUCUGAACCACUUCCAGUGGGGGGGUUGAGGACAUGCAGGGGAUGGAGCAAAACUUCACCACAGUCGGAAUGCGGUGCAGCCACUCUCGAUGGAAUUCCUGGGUCAGGCUUUUGCUGAAAGAUGGCAUAAUAUAAAAGGGUUCUCCACGACUGCCAGCACAGAAGCUCAAUGGGUGAUACUGUCAUGUUAUUUCACCCCUACUCUCUGUAUGUGGGGUUUGUGUUUUCCCAUAUUAUGUGAAUGUUUUCCCACAGCCCAAAGACAUACACUUAGGUGAAUAGGCAUUUCUGGGUAGUGCAUAGUGAGCGAGUGUGUGCUUGAGUGUGUCAUGGGAUGGGCUGACAUCCCAUCCAUGGUGCUUACUUGUAUCCUCUCUGUGCUGCCUGAGGUAGAUAGCAGCCCCCCCCCCCACAACUGAGAAUUGGAACAUGGCUUCCUAUGGCUGAUCUGAGAAUGUUGAAUGCAUUUCUGAAUGUGUCCGUUAAUAUUUGCACUUUUUAUUGAAUCAUUGUGGACUAGAAUAUUUUGGUAGUUCAUAGGUCUCAUAUUAAUAUUUAUACUUUCUCUGUCCAUCUCUGUUCCAUCUUCUUUUACUGGGACCCGUC